CUUGUGAAAAUUCGGUACAUUCGUUUUAGAUCCGAAAUACCAGUACCGGUACCGUAUCUAUAUAAGCGGUACGGUAUUCGGUUCUCACUUUGGACCAUUUUCAGUAUCGGUAUUACUCAGUACGGUACCGAUCUCAUCCCAAACUGAUGAAUAAUUGAAACAAAAAUGAAAAUGAAUGUGAAAAGCAAAUUGAAAAACAGAUGGUUAUGUUAGAUAAUUGCUUUGACACACCUAUAGUCAUAUGCCACUUCUUGAAUGGUCUAUUAUGUGUGGGGUGUUAAGUAUUGUACUAUUGUGUAUAGUGGUUAUUGGGGUCAAGAAGUGGGCUUAAAGUCCAGACCCAAGAAGGUAACAUGGAACCCCAUCUACAAAAAGCAAAAUCGUGGGGAUUUCAAAAAGUAGUUGAAAUCAUUAGCACCACAUAUCAACCGUUAAAAUACUGUUUCCUCUCCCGCGAAAAAGCUUUCACAAAUUGCAAAAAAAUACAACCUUUACCUUUUUCCCAUUUCUUUAUUCAUUCUUCAGUCCUGGAAAGUUCACUUACACCUCAUGGUUCUGUCCCUCUUUUCUCUCUUAACUUUUCAACAUUCUAUUCUGUGAAUCCCAAGAUCGUCCACCCUCGAUUUCAGGGAUUGAUUUUUUCGGGUGAUUAGGAAAACUUUGAAGUUCAGAGUGAUGGUGAAAGAAACCGAGUAUUAUGAUAUUCUUGGUGUUAGUCCACUUGUAUCUGAUGAUGAUAUCCGGAAAGCUUAUUAUUUGAAGGCAAGACAAGUUCAUCCUGAUAAAAAUCCAAAUGAUCCUCAAGCUGCAGAGAGAUUUCAGGUACUUGGCGAAGCUUACCAGGUUUUGAGCGAUCCUAUGAAAAGAGAUGCAUAUGAUCGGAAUGGGAAGGGCUCCAUAUCAAAGGAUACCAUGCUUGAUUCCACUGCUGUUUUUGCUGUUCUUUUUGGAAGUGAGCUAUUUGAAGACUACAUAGGACAUCUAGCAGUAGCAACAAUGGCUUCUGCAGAAUUAGUUGGUGAUAAUGACAACCCGGAAAUAUUGCAUGAGAAAUUGAAGACCAUCCAGAGGGAAAGGGAAGAAAAACUGGCUAGAUCACUGAAAAAUUUCAUUCAUCAAUAUGUUCGAGGUGAAAAAGAAGAAUUCUUAUGUCGUGCUGAGGCUGAGGCAGAACGACUUGCACAAGCAGCUUUCGGAGCAAAUAUCCUGCACACAAUCGGAUACAUAUAUGAAAGACAGGCUGCACAGGAGCUUGGAAAGAAAGCGAUUUACCUUGGGGUACCAUUUAUGGCAGAGUGGGUUCGAAACAAAGGACAUUUCUGGAAGUCGCAGAUUACUGCCGCGAAAGGUGCUUUCCAGCUACUGCAACUUCAAGAAGAGGCACGUCGCUCCUUUAAAAUGGAUGGAAAUGGCCCCGUGCACGAUGCUGAAUCACAUCUUAAAUCCAGCAAGGAUACACUCAUGAACUCACUAUGGAAGUUGAAUGUAGUUGACAUUGAAGUUACCCUUUCACAUGUUUGUCAAAUGGUUCUUCAAGAUACUAAUGCCAGGAAGGAAGAGCUUAAAGCUCGUGCAACGGCUUUGAAACUUCUAGGAAAAAUAUUCCAGAGAGAAAAACAAUCACAAAACAUAGGAACGUCAAAGAAGAAAAUAGCUUCUGAUAGUCAUGAGGAUACAAGCAGCUCGGAUAGUAGUGAUGACGAGGAUACACCACGGUCACUCAACUUCAGAGCCCCUUUGCUCACACAGGGAAUUGGUAGGCUAUUCCGGUGCUUGUGUAACCCAGCAUAUGAUGUGGAUGAUGACGAUGAAAUCGUUUACAAGAGCAACAAAUGAUAUGAUGACUAGAACCAGACCAUGGUUACAGAUUGGUCAUGUAAAGCGAAAACAGAAAGCAAAGGGGACAUGAACGUCAUAUACAGAGGAGGCAAUCGGUUGGUUAAUUUGAAUCUUGUGUGUUAUUAUUCUGUUGAGCCUUCCUUAUGAAACAUUGAUAAUUGAACAUAUGAAGUUGGUGGUGUAAACUUUUUUAUGUGAAAAAAUGUUUAAUGGCCCCUA